UUCAGGAGCCUCGAUGACAUCAUGAGUUACUGUGGUGACGGGGGCGGGGUCUUCAGCGAGGACACGCCUCGUCCUCCAGUGCCGGGGGAGGAGGGCGGAGUCUACAGCGGUAGGACUGCUUCUCAUUGGUCGGAGGGCUGCGAGGGCGGGGUCUACAGCGGUAGGACUGCUUCUCAUUGGUCGGAGGGCUGUGAGGGCGGGGUCUACAGCGGUAGGACUGCUUCUCAUUGGUCGGGGGUCCCAGUGCAGCGCUCUGAUGUGGAUCUGGGGUUGAAGCCCGAGGGCAGCACGGUGCUGGACGGUCCGGUCGAGCCCUGGGCCGAGACACUGCUCACGCUGCUGGAGGACCGUGACGGCACAGCUCUGUUCCUGCGUUUCCUGCAGACGCUGGGCUGUGCGCCGCUGCUGGAGUUCUGGUUUGCCUGCAGCGGCUUCCAGAAGGUUCCCGAGGAUGCCACGGAGCGCCGGCUCAAGCUGGCCAGAGCCAUGUACCGCUGCUAUCUGUGUGACGGGGUGGUGUCCCGCAGUAUCUCCGCCGAGGCCAGGUGUGGUAUACGGGACAGCAUCCUGCAGCUGCGGCUAGACUCCGCCCUCUUUGAGCCGGCGCACGCACAGGUGCAGGAGGAGCUACAGGACAGACUGUUCCCUCGCUUCCUCCGGUCAGACCUGUAUCUGGAACACACCUCACCAGAGACACGCCUAGCAGGACACCAGGCCACGCCCCCUCAGGGGGAGGAGUCUGAGAAAGAGACCCUCCCUCCCCACAGCGCAGCCAAUCAGAAGCGUCCAGGCAGUCAGGAGCACAGACAGCGACGUCACGCGUGUCAUCGACACCACCGAACACGAGAGAGAGACACGAGACACACACACCUGCCACACACACCGGUGAAGAUGACGCCACACACCUUCGCAGCGGAGCUGAUGAGACGACUGCAGGAGCUGCACACACACACACAGACUCACAGACACACGGAAGUAGAAACCAGUGCCAUCACUGCAUUCUCAUCGUGCGAUUCGCUGAAGACGCUGGAGAGCGACUGCACACGGCCGGACACACGUGACGCUAGCGUGAAGAGCAUCGAGAUGUCGAGUCCUGCACACACACACCAGUGUGUGACGGUGGUGUAUUGUUACGAUGGAGAGCUGGUCCCGUACAGGACGUGUGUUCAGGGAGUCUCUGCGGUCACUCUCGGCCUCUUCAAGUCUCUGCUGACGCGCCGGGGCUCGUUCAGGUUCUUCUUCAAGAGAGCGAGCGCUGAGUUCGACUGCGGAGCGGUUCAUGAGGAGAUACGAGAGGACCACGCCGUCCUGCCCACGUUUGACCACAAAAUCAUGGCCAGAGUGGAGAGAAUGAGCGAAACAACGAUCACAAACCUCUGAACACAAGCCCUGUCCUGAACAAACUCUAUAAGCGCUUGAGUUUCAGGGUGCUGCUUUUGAGUAAAGUCAUUCAUUCAUGUUUCUUCUCAUGUCACCCUACAGUCAUAUUACAGUCCACAAUAAAAGUCUGAGAUCUCUUCUUACUCUCCAUGAAGCAUCUGUGAGUGCUUCUAUACUCUAUUAUCAUAUAUCUAUAUGUGUCUUUAUUCUGAGUUAUAAACACUGUUGU